UGUGCUCAUAUUUUUUGAUAAUUUGGAUAGUUAAAUCUAUCAAGAGGUUAUUGAUGAUUGUUCAAAGCUUUUAUCCAGGUAUGAUGAGGAAGCUCAACACUAUGAUGAGACCAAAAGGGACGCAAGCAGGAAGCAGCUAAUUGAAAACAUCAUGAAGGUUGUUAAGCCAACCUACCUUUCUGUGGUGGAACAUAUGAGGCAUGCAAUUCUAGCAAAAUUCGAGGAAGCAGCUGUGGAUGAGUUAAAGAAAAACGGAGUACUCGUAGCUAUGAAGACCCACAAAUACAUCAUUGAAUUCAAGAACCAGCUCAAAGAUGCUGCUGUCAAACAAGCAAACUGGAAUCAAGAUACCGAACAAUUGGCCCAACUGGAGUCAGAAAUAGCCCGCACCGUAGAAGGGAUUCGUGCCACCAAUGAACUGCUUGAACAGCAAAAGGCGAGGAAACUACAAAUUAAUAAAGAUAAACGAGAGUUCUGGUUGAACAUUGCAUCAAUUGGGGCAAAUGUGUUGAAUACUGCCGCAAGUGUGGCUUCUGUAAUUAUGGUAGCAGGACAAGCUUAA